UAUUUUUUCCUCCAAGGACAUCGUAAUGCCUGCACUGACUUUGAAAAAGUUUAGUUUGUAUAUCUUUAUUUUUGUUCUUAUGUGUGCCGGAUUAUUUUUAUUGAUCCCGUCUUUCAAGAGAGAUAAAGGGAAAUUUGUGUAUUUUAAGCCACGUGACAAACAAACAACAUGUAGCUGCAACGUUAUUAAAGACAAUAAACAUAUAGACAAGUCAAAGAGCAUAAGUAAACCAUUUACAAAAGAUGUUAUUUUUGAAAAAGAGAUAAUAAAGCUAAAUAAGAAACGGGUCGGUGCUGAUGACCGUCGUCUAGUGGAAUUGAUUCGGGACUAUUAUCUCGUAGCCCCGUCCAACUUACCGUAUCGUCUAAAUUCUCCAGGCGCCUUGGACAAUUCAAGAGGCCAAGCACCAUUUAUAGACAGCAGACUACAUUACAAAGAAAAAGGGUUUUACGUUGAAAGUGGUGCCUAUGACGGCGAGUCAUUGUCAAACACAUUGAUGUUCGAACGCAUGAGAAACUGGGAUGGUAUACUGAUAGAGCCAAAUCCUGCUGCAUUCGCGAAGCUGAUGAAGAAGAAUAGAAGAUCUUAUGCAGUAAAUGCUUGCCUUAGCACCGAACCUUAUCCGUCAAAGAAAAUGAUAACGGACGAUUUCUUGCAGGCAAGAACGUUUCCUCAAAAGUCAUCAAAGAAGCGCAAAACAAACAAAAAGUCAUUUUUAGUCCAGUGUUUUCCAUUGUAUUCCAUACUUUUGGCACUAAACUAUACAACAAUUGAUUAUCUGAGCCUUGAUGUGGAAGGAGACGAGCGUGGAGUUCUUGAGACUAUUCCUUGGGAUAAAGUGAACAUAGAUAUAAUGUCCGUAGAAUAUGAUAAAUGGCCCGGUGGCUCACGGUUACUGUGCAAAUACAUGAAUAACAAAGGUUACGAGUGUUUGGUGACAAUGUCUGGAAAAUUUAUAUCGGAUGUGAUAUUGAAAAAGAAAUCAGCUAGAAAAAGAGGACUUCGAAAUGCGGCUUCAAAUAACAGACACAAGAACGGUUCAAUUAGUGCGAUAAAUAAAUGAAUUAAUGAGAUUUGUUUCUUCCGAUGUAUUUUUGUAACGUAAGGCAAUAUAUGGUGAUGAAAUGCAACUAUAAUAUUUGGCUUGACUUAACGACUUACCGUAAAAUAUAAAGAGUUUUCAGUUUCAGUUUAUUGGCAAUCAGCAAUACAUUUGCCUUUGGCCAUUUACAAAUAUAAAAACUUAUGGCAAAGACAAUCAUACACGAGAAAGUGAACAUAUAUACAAAAGACAAAGAACAAAACACUCAUAAUAAUUGUAUUCGAUCAGAAGACAAGUAGAUUUUCAAGAGUGUUCUUUCUUACAUUUAAUGCUUCUUUAAUAUAUCUUGCAAGACUAUAUAUAUAUCUUUUACUACUGGAUGACAUUAGUGCAUGAAACUUUUGCACAGUAGGCCAUGAGCAUCGGCCUAGGUAUUUGGAUCUUAUGCAACUAAAAUGUGAACAACGUAAUAUGAAAUGGUAUUCUGACUCGAUGACAUUUUGAUUGCAUAAUUUACGUAAUCUAUUAUUCCUUUCUACAUUAACAUAUCUUCCUAGCUUUAUCUCUAAAUUAUGUGAACAUAAUCUUAAACUAGUCAUUUGUUUCCUUAGGUUGUCAUUUGAUAUGACAGCUAAAUACUUUUCAAAACAAAAUGCAGUUUUAUAUUUACAAUAACUAUCUAAUUUUGAAAUGGCAUUUACAUUAACACUCCACUCUUGGACAAAUUGAUUCCUUAUUCUUGUUUUUAACAAAUUAUAAUAAUUUACAUUGGUAUCAAAGAAUAAUCUGUUAUUCGAAUAUCCGAGGUGUUCUAUGAUAGAAUUCGUUCUGCUAGCCCAACACUCAGUAUAAACAUUAUUACAUAAAUCAUUAUACAUGUGAUAAAUAGGUAAUUCGUUAAUUUUCAUAAUUUUUUACCAGAACUUAACAGCUCUUUCCUUACAAAUAACUGAUAAAGGCAUGCGUCCAAGUUCGCCAUAUACAGCAUAGGUAGGGGUUUGCCUUUUAACGCCCAGUAUAUAUUUACAAAAACGAAUGUGUAAUUUAUAUACCUCUUUGUAAUUAUAAACACCCCAUACUUCGCAUCCAUAUGUGAAAAUAGGAACAAUCAUAGAAUCAAAUAAAGAUAACUUUGUUCUAAUAUCAAGACUAACAUUAUCAAAAACAUUUAACAGAUUAUUAUAUGCUCUAAGGGCUUGAUCAUGUAGUGCUUUAACAGAAUUUGCCAUGCCACCAGUGUACAUGUAGAUGAAUUUCUCACAUAUUUUCGUUUUACUAACAUUGAUUUUUAAGCCCCAUUUUACAGAGUAAUGAUGUAUAGCAUCUAUUUGUGACUGCAGACUAUUUUGAUCAGUAGUGAACAAUACUAUGUCAUCAGUAAAUAAGAUCAUGUACAUAGACAAUAGUUCAAAAUCUUAUUCAGUUAAUGCAUCAAAAUUCAUAUUUUCAGCAAUAUCAUUUAUAAAGAGUAUAAAGAGCAAGGGAGAUGAGGGCUCACCCUGUUUCAUACCGAUAGUUGCAUUGAAGAAGUCAGAAAUACUCAUAUUACUUGACAUUUUUACACAGGCUUGAACAUUACAAUAUAUACAUUUUAGCAUGUUAGUCAUUUUACAGCUUAUGCUUGAUUGUACUAACUUAGUCCAUAAAGCAUCUCUAUUAACUGUAUCAAAUUAAAGCCCUCUGGUAAUCAAUAAAAAUGCACCAUAAUAGACUUUUUGGAUAAAAACUUUAGUAUAACAGCAUGUAAUAAGAAAAUAGCAUCUGCUGUAAAACGCCCAUCACGGAAACCAUAUUAAAAAUCAUUAAAUACAUUUUCUUGUUCACUCCAGUUAUUGAUACGAUUUCUUAACACUAACGAAAAUAUUUUUCCAAUAACAUUUAUUAAUGUGAUACCUCUAUAAUCCGAAGGUAUAUCCUUAUCACCCUUCUUAUAUAUUGGAACAAUAACCGCCUCAGACCAUGCCUCAGGGUAUACACGGUUAUCAUAAAUGUAAUUAAAAAUGGUACAUAAAUAAGGGGAUACAACAUUAUUUGCAUCAAUAAAGAAAUCAGAAACAUUACUAUCAUAGUCAUAGCUUUUAUAUCUCUUAAGAGAACAUGUUGUUUUUUAACUUCUUCUAAAGAAAUGGCUCUAUCAAGAUAUUCCACAUUUACAGCUUCAUCACGUUCUGAAUGAAAUUGAUUAUUCAUGAACUGAUUUUGAGUAUCAUUUGAUAUAUUUUGAAAAUGAUUUUUAAACUCAUCAAGGCUAACAUUAGAAUUGAAACCAUUAGCAGAUCUAAAAAAAUUAUACAUUUCCAAAACUUGCGAGUAAUAUUUUAUUUUCUGAGAUAGUUGCUUAUCUUUAAAAAGUACAUGUUGGUGGUUAAUCAUUUAAAAAGGCUAGAUUUUUUUCAAAAUACAUGUAAAUACUUCACUAGACUGACGGUUUAAAGUGCACUGAAUAACUACAUAUUAUUAUUAAUGUUAUUCCUUUAUCUCAAAAUAAAUCAUUAUCACUUGUAAUGGUAUAGAAACUAUGUAUGUGCGUUUCACAUUCACGCCGAAACCAUCACUUGGACACGUGCAUUCUUGACAGUUUGAUGUAUGAGCACGAACCAACAAUUUAAAGGUAUACUUUACUCCAAUCUUACUACAUUAUAGUUCAUGUGAACAUAAACUUUUUAAGUUAAUCCGUAUGGUAUGAAAAGAGCUAUGCAGUAGGUUUGAAACAUACAGACUUAAUACAUACAUAGCUAAAUAAAGUAUAAAUCUGUACUACCAAUAAAAACUGGAAGUUCUUUUAUGAAAUAUAUGUUA